UCCAACCACACUCCCAUACUCCUUCUCCCUCCAUCAAAAAGCCCUUGCUGCUCCCUCCUUUCUACUCAAGCUCUCGCUCUUUGGCGCCGAUUUCUCUCAUCAGGUAAGAAAUUUGAAUAUCUGAGCCAGUAUCAACCUGUGCAAGGUAGGUGGAGAUUGGAACUUAUAGUUACAAAAGUACAGAAAUAGGAGUGUAUCGAUGGGGAAGGAUGAGGAAGAGAUGAGAGAGAUAGAAGAGAGGUUAAUCAAUGAAGAAUACAAAAUUUGGAAGAAGAAUACUCCAUUUUUAUAUGAUUUGGUUAUCACACAUGCAUUGGAGUGGCCGUCGCUUACUGUGGAAUGGCUUCCUGAUAGAGAGGAGCCUCCUGGCAAGGACUAUUCUGUACAGAAGAUGAUUUUAGGGACACACACUUCUGAGAAUGAGCCCAAUUACUUGAUGCUUGCACAAGUUCAGCUCCCUUUGGAAGAUGCUGAGAACGAUGCUCGUCAGUAUGAUGAUGAUCGCUUUGAUGUUGGUGGUUUUGGUUGCGCCAAUGGCAAGGUACAAAUUAUCCAGCAAAUAAAUCAUGAUGGAGAGGUUAACAGGGCACGCUAUAUGCCUCAAAACUCGUUUAUUAUUGCUACCAGACAGUUGUGCAGAGUUUAUGUUUUUGAUUAUAGCAAACAUCCAUCUAAGCCUCCUCUAGAUGGUGCAUGCAGUCCUGAUUUGAGAUUGAGGGGCCACAGUACCGAAGGAUAUGGUUUAUCAUGGAGUCAGUUCAAGCAGGGUCAUUUACUGAGUGGUUCUGAUGAUGCUCAAAUAUGUUUGUGGGACAUCAAUGCAACUCCUAAGAACAAAGCUCUUGAGGCUCAGCAGAUUUUCAAGGUUCAUGAAGGUGUUGUAGAAGAUGUAGCAUGGCAUCUGAGGCAUGAAUACUUAUUUGGUUCAGUUGGGGAUGAUCAGUACCUGCUUAUAUGGGAUCUUCGGACACCAUCGGUCAGCAAGCCUAUCCAAUCUGUAAUUGCUCAUCAAAGUGAGGUAAACUGCUUAGCUUUCAAUCCCUUUAAUGAAUGGGUUGUGGCAACGGGCUCUACUGAUAAGACUGUUAAGUUGUUUGAUCUACGCAAGAUCAACACUGCUCUCCAUACUUUCGAUUGUCACAAGGAAGAGGUGUUCCAAGUUGGAUGGAAUCCAAAGAAUGAGACUAUCUUGGCUUCUUGUUGUCUUGGUCGGAGGCUCAUGGUCUGGGAUCUUAGCAGGAUUGAUGAGGAGCAGACUCCAGAGGAUGCUGAAGACGGCCCACCAGAGUUGCUCUUCAUUCAUGGUGGUCAUACGAGUAAAAUUUCAGAUUUUUCAUGGAACCCAUGUGAGGAUUGGGUUAUUGCUAGUGUAGCUGAAGAUAACAUACUCCAGAUCUGGCAAAUGGCAGAGAACAUCUACCAUGAUGAGGACGAUUUACCAGGAGAGGAAUCCACAAAAGCUUCUUAGGUCUUAAUGCAUCAAUUUUAUGAGAGCCCAACUAAACGUGGAAAAAGAUAAUUAGAGGGGGCAUAUAGUUCUUUUCUCUUCUUCUUUAGGGUAAUUUUAGUUUGCGAAUGAUGUGUUUAAUUGGCUAUCUUCAACUGAAUUGCAAAUGUUGUUAUAACCUGUAUGCAUAGUAGUAUUUUAUUUGCAGAACUAAGCUUGUGAAUUCAAGGGGGUUGCAGUUGCACGUUGGGACAUGGUUCUGGCCUGCCCAAACUUUAUGAGUUGCUUCCAAAUAUUACACUGGCAAGUUGAUGUACUUAAGACUUUGGUUGGUCCUUGGGUUACAUUAGAAAAUCUACUCCCAUUCUAAGAUGGAAGGUACAUUCAACUAAGCUAAGAGUGUAUCUGUGCAAGAUUGUUCAAUAUGUGGUUUUUGUAUUUAGUAAUACCAUGCAUGCUAAGAAAUUAAACAUUGCUGUCCUUGCUAA